AUGUCGGACAUUGUGGUCUACUCAGAUGCCUCUGCACGCGAGGGUCAUCUAGGAGCGGCCGUAGUAGCACUCGACGACAACCUGCAGGUUGUCGAAUCACAACAGGUCCAGGUGGGACCAAUGGGCCGGUGGUCGGUUCACGUAGCGGAACUCAUCGGCAUCUUCUACGCUAUCAGCACGGUGUUCAAGAUCGCCUAUCAGCGGGCAGCGAAAACAGUAGAGAAAAAACAGCAACGAUCCUGUCCGACAGCAACUCAGAACCCAGGGAACAAAUCGGGCCAGCGGAUCGUGCACGCGAUCCUACAAGCUGCCACAGAGGUCCAAGCUGAGAGAAUCGCGCUCCGUCUCCGAUGGGUGCCAGGGCACUGCAAUAAGCCUGGUAACGACGCUGCGGAUCGACUAGCCAAAGACGCCGCGUACCCAGGCAAAUCCCACUCAUUCCGCCCUCUACUCCCGAGGGAGAAUGCACACCUGCACGUCAAUAUCCUCAGUCAAUGGGAGCAGGAGUGGAGAUCGUCCAGCAAAGGCAGUCACCUACGGAAGAUCGACGGCACCCUACCAGCAACCUACACGAGGAAGCUAUAUGGGAGCCUGCCUAGGAACCGGGCGUACCUGUUAACGCAGCUACGUACAGGCCACAACUGGUUAUCUACCUACGCCAAGAGUUUUAGCUUCCGUGACGACGACCACUGCGUGUGUGGUGCACAAGAAACUGUUACUCAUGUACUAGUGGACAGUCCAUCUUUAAGGGAUAUUCGAAUGGAGUUACGGUGGGAAGUGGGGGACGCGUUCAGGAGUGUCUCGAGCCUGCUGGGAGGCUCAACCGAAGGUAAGAAAGGUAAACCAGACACCGUCUCAAGGGUGAAGACGGUCAAGGCCGUUUUGGACUUCGCCGAGGCGUCACACCGGUUUUGGAGUCGCGCGCCACGAGGGCAGCCUAACAAUGGGAACGGCAAUUAG